CCGGCUAGAGCCUGCAUGCCACCUUCCAGGGAAUGCUAGAAGGUGGCAGGGGUGGCAGCUGCUUCCCCCUUGCCAACUCUCAGAGAGCCCCAGCACCAUUCCCCCUAGAUUUCCUAGAGAAAAAAAAAAUCGAUGCCACGGUCCUCAAGGAGCCCCGUGGACCAGUGUGACCUGCCUGAGGAUGCCAGGCCCAGGAGGGUCAUCCCAAGAAGCCGGAACACCUGCAGGAUAACGGAGGAUGCUUUGUCAAACUCGAAUGAUGCCUUCGUGUUGCCUAUCCGCAUCCAUCCCCCGGCCCCGGGCCUGACCCAGUGCAUCCUGGCAUGUAUAUGUAGGUAUAUACGGAAGACCCGCCCUGGCCGUCAACGUGGGCCUGGGCAGAGGGCCCAGCCUCAGGCCAGGCUGACCUGGGGGGCCUGGAUCACCUGCCUGGCCUGCUUCCUGAGGACUCAGGCUCACCAGGUUCUGUUCAACACCUGCAGAUGCAAGCUGCUCUUCCAGAAGCUCAUGGAAAAGACAGGUGUUCUGGUCCUCUGUGCUUUUGGAUUCUGGGUGUUUUCUAUGCACUUACCAUCCAAAAUGGAAGUCUGGCAGGAUGACAGCAUAAAUAGUCCACUGCAGAGCUUGAGAAUGUACCAGGAAAAGGUGCGGCAUCACACUGGGGAAAUCCAGGACCUCCGAGGUAACAUGACCCUGCUCAUUGCCAAGCUCCAGUUGAUGGAAGCCAUGUCAGACGAGCAAAAAAUGGCCCAGAAAAUAAUGAAGAUGAUACAAGGAGAUUACAUUGAAAAGCCAGACUUUGCCCUAAAGUCUAUUGGGGCCUCCAUCGACUUUGAGCAAACAUCAGCCACAUACAACCACGACAAGGCUCGCUCCUACUGGAACUGGAUCCGGCUUUGGAACUAUGCGCAGCCCCCAGACGUGAUCCUCGAGCCCAACAUGACGCCUGGCAACUGCUGGGCCUUCUCGGGUGACCGAGGCCAGGUGACCAUCCGAAUGGCCCAGAAGGUCUACCUGUCCAACCUGACACUGCAGCACAUCCCCAAGACCAUCUCACUGUCGGGCAGCCUGGACACUGCUCCCAAAGACUUCGUCAUUUAUGGCAUGGAAGGCUCUCCCAGGGAGGAGGUGUUCCUGGGGGCAUUUCAGUUUCAGCCAGAGAACAUCAUUCAGAUGUUCCAGCUCCAGAACCAGCCUGCCCGAGCUUUUGGUGCUGUCAAGGUGAAGAUAUCGAGCAACUGGGGGAACCCACGCUUUACCUGCCUGUACCGAGUGCGUGUGCACGGCUCUGUGACCCCACCGAGACAGCCCUAGAGAGCAGCCUAUCUAGAGCCCCUACCCCAAAAGAGAUUAAAGUUUAUUCUUCACAGCCCA